AUGGCGCCCAUGGCCAUGGCAACCAGAGCCAUCGUGUGCCGCAGCCCGCAAAACGGUAAGCGACAGUGGGGGAUUGAGAAUGUCGAGGUCGAUUAUCCAGAAGCAGAUGAAGUCCUCGUGAGAAUUGUGGCCAGCGGCGUCUGCCACACAGACCUUGGGUGUGGUUCUCAUCCAGAUGGCGUGGGAUUUCCAACCCCUCCCUAUCCAAGAGUGCUUGGGCACGAAGGGGCUGGCUAUGUCGAGAAGAUUGGAAGCAGUGUGUCAACAGUCAAGCCUGGCGACGCAGUUCUCCUUUCUUUCGCCUUCUGUCGAGAAUGUCAUAACUGCAAACACGGCGCUCCUGGGUACUGUUCGCGAUUUACACCACUGAAUUUCUCGGGUGAUACAAAAGCAUUCAACUUGCCAGGCAUAGAAAAUGGUACCGUUGGAGGCUCAUUCUUUGGGCAAUCCAGCUUCUCGAAUUUGACCAGGGUUCAAGAAACAUCCCUGGUUAAGGUGACUGAGCUGAUUGAAAAUGAGGAUGAUUUGAAGCUUUAUGCUCCGCUUGGGUGCGGCAUUCAGACGGGUGCUGGCACAAUCACCGAGCUUGGUGCAGCUCGUGCAUCGGAUAAAGUCGCCAUUAUCGGGCUCGGAGGUGUCGGGCUAGCUGCAAUUAUGGCCGCCAAACACAGAGGCUGUCAAACCAUAAUUGGUAUUGACCGGGUUGAAGCUCGCCUAGAGCUGUCCAAGAAACUUGGAGCAACACAUACAAUCAAUACCUCCGUGAUCAAAGAGAGCCUUGAGAAAGCCGUUCGCGACCUCACGGAGCAAAGUGGCACAACCAUCACAGUUGAUGCCACUGGCGUUGUCCCAUUGAUCCAGCAGGGAAUGGAUUUCACGGCGAACCAAGGGAAAAUGAUUCUUCUUGGAGUCGCUCCUAUGGACGCAUCGCUUCAAGUGCCGUUGGUGUCCUUUAUGGUGUCAGGCAAACAACUCCUGGGGAGUAUGGAAGGAGCAGUCCGGCCGAUCGACUAUAUCCCCAGGAUGAUCCAGUGGCACCGGCAAGGAGAUUUCCCGAUCGACAAACUGGUCAGGUUUUACCAGGCGCAAGGGCACGUCAUGGCAACACAAACUAUCCGUGGCAUAUCUGCUGCGGGCAUCCCCACCACGAUGCGCGCAUGGCAAUUUUCAACGACACGAGGUGGGAUCGAGAAGAAUCUGAGGCUGAAUGAAUCGGCACCGGUUCCAGCGCAUGAUGCACAUGCACUGGGCCACGAUAAAGUGUUGGUCAAGAUUAUCGCCGCGGGAAUCAACCCCGUCGACUACAAAUUAGCGGAAUUGCCAAUCAUAGGCCGGUUCCUAUAUCGAAAGAAUGCAACUCCAGGCUCCGAUUUCGCUGGAGUGAUAGCAGCAGCUACUCCAGCAGUGGCGCCUGGACAGAGAAAUGGUUUCAGAGAAGGACAGCUUGUGUUUGGGAGGUUAAGUCAACCUGUCCCUCAUGGCACUUUCGAGGAAUAUGUCGUCCUCAAAAGUGCGGACAUAGCCCAUGUUCCGGAGGGCGUGGAUCCGGUGGACGCCGCUGGCGUUGGAGUCGCUGGGCUGACUGCCUAUCAAUGCAUCCAACCUUUUGUGCGUGCAGGAAGAGGGGACAGAGUGUUCAUUAACGGAGGGAGUGGAGGCACUGGUGUCUGGGGAAUCCAGAUCGCGAAAGCGUUGGGAUGCCACGUCACCACCAGCUGCUCCGGAACGAAUGCCGAGUUCUGCAAAAGCCUUGGAGCGGACGAGGUGAUCGACUACAGGAGCACGAAUAUCGUCGACGCCUUGAAAAAAUCGGUGUCAGGUGCAGAUGGGCAAAAGUUUGCCCUGGCAGUGGACAAUGUUGGCGGUCAAGGAGAGUUGUACUGGCAGAGUCAUCAUUAUCUGUCACCGGGUGCCCGAUACAUUCAGAUUGGAGCUGAGCCAGGGCUGGGUCCGGUUCUUGAUCUCGUGAUGAAGUUGACUUGGCCCGGUUUCUUAGGCGGUGGCAAAAGAAAAUUUGAAAUGUUGACAACGAAAAACAACACAGAGCAGAUGGAGGAAAUCGGGAAGUUACUGCAGCAGAGGAGAGUAAAGGCAGUGUUCCAUGACGGCACUGUCCUAUCCAUGGAGGACGGGGCACUGGCCUUUGCGAAACUGAAAACUCAUAGGGCAAAGGGGAAAAUUGUGAUUAAGGUGAGCAGUGAUUGA